GGAAUAAAAACGUUCCUCUAUAAACAAAACUAUUUAAAAAGGAGGGGGAAGUAUUCUGAGAUAAUUCUAGGUUUUCGAAAUUUAAAAUUAUUGGACAACCAAAAUCUUGCCCCGUCAUGUAUGUGUCACAGGGUUUUAGUAUGUUUUGAAAAUCUUGCUUCGAAUUUGUUGCACUUUCCUGUUAGAUUUAGCUUCAAAUUAUUUUCUUAAGCCUUUCACUGUAAUACCAACACACAAGCUAGAGUUAUUUUAAUUACUUUUCUUUUAGAGUUCGGACAACAACAUCUUCCACAAUCAAAAGCAAAAGUUAACUAUUAACCAGAGAUAUUGUGAUUUAUUGGACCAAAGCCUAACCAAUGAGCGGGACCUAAUUAAACUUUAAACUAAUCAAAAACAAACAAGUCCUGGUAGGCAGGAAAUGUUAUUAGUAAAGGAAGCAGUUUUCAUUUUAAAAAAAUUAAUUUUGCAUCUGCGCAAUUUCGGCUUUUUCUUUCCCCGUGUAAGUUCAUAGUCGACCAACCUAUAUUUUUACGUCUGCUCCCCAGACUUUUUUUCUUUUUUCUUUUUUUCCUUUUUUCCAUGUAGGCUAAUAUACAGGCCGGCGCUGCAAUUUCGGAAUCUGCCCUUGUAUAUGGCGGACGAAAAUUUCCACAGGACGAACCGCAACACAAACCCGCUGUGCAAAGCACACACGAAGAGCCUUCACGGACUUGGCGAACCUCGACAAAUUCAACACUUUAUUGCGCCAUUACUCUUUUUUAAAAUGUAACGCAGCGUGUCGCGGGGGUAGAUUAAAAAAACGUCGUGUUGAAAUUUUUUUUACAUUCAAAAUUUUCUCAUAACUAAUUCACAUUUUUGAGGGAGCAGUUGUGCAGUCAGUCAACCCCUGUUCGGGAAGGGAAGAUUUCUGGAGCGAGAGUCUGUUUCGCAUGAACUGCAUCGCUUCAAAAGGCUCAGAGGAGGAGGAGUCAUGAGUGCACAGGAAGCACCCAAUCCUGAGACGGAGCAGGGAAACAGUGGGAUCGUGGCCACUGAGGCCCCCACAACAGCCUUAACCUCAAGCCCCUCUGUCACGAUCCCAGCGCCUGUCAUAGUCAAGAAAGAGCCUGAGACCUCGGAGACGAGCAACGGCAAAGUUGCUGACGCCAAUCCUGCUGAGAUCUGUGUUGUUAUCGGAGGAACUGAUGGAGGAGCCAGUGGAGUUGGACCCCGUCGAGCUCCGGCCGAGGGUAUGUUUGCCCUUGGUACUCCCCCUCCAACGAAGAGCACAGACUCUUGCAUAGGUUCCUACGUGUGUGGUGUGUGCGGGAAAAAGUACAAGUACUAUAACUGCUUUCAGACACACGUAAGGGCUCACAGAGAAUCAGAAUCUAUUGUCGUUGAUGGCCUACCUCCGGCUCCCAACAGUAGCUUCCGUUACUCCUGCGACAUCUGUGGCAAAAAAUAUAAAUACUACAGCUGCUUCCAGGAGCACCGUGACCUACAUGCAGUUGACGAUCCUUACGAACAGGUAGUUGUACCUGUGGAUGGCCUUAAAGAGGAGGAGCCUGUUGAACCCUAUCAGAAAAUUGGACCAAGGGAAAAAUCACUCGUCCACCUCCUCAGAGACAGUGGAUUCAAUCGACGGCAGAGGGUGUCCCUUCAAACACACUUGGCACUGUUUGCAGAAACUGGGAGCUAUGUUUGCGAGUUCUGUGGGAAGCAGUACAAGUACUUCAACCCGUACCAGGAGCACGUCGCUCUUCACACACCACUGAGCUCGUUUGAUCUGAAGGCAGCUCGGAUACAAGAAUGUGGAAGUAUGGAUUUGAGUAAAUUUGCCAGUCAAGCGCCUAAGAUAAAAAGCAGUCCUUUUAGGCGGAAACUGGAGAGUGCUAUUCCGACAAGUCUGGUUGACACGAAUAGUUCCAAGAAUUCAAGUGGAACACCGAGCCCUCUGGUGGCCACCUCCUUUUCUGCAGCACAGAAACCCUACACAUGUGGUGCCUGUGGCAUUCAGUUCCAGUUCUACAACAACCUGCUGGAGCACAUGCAGUCCCAUGCUGCUGACAAUGAGAAUCACACCAAAGGGGAAUCUCCCAAGACCUCCACAGCCACCGGUUCUCAGGAGCAGCUGUGGAGAGGUCCUCAGUCUCAGGCCCAUUCCUUAGUCAAACUACAAAUCCAGCCUCAAAAUAUCUCCCAGAGAAACCACUCACUCAGCCAAAAUAACGGACUUCCUGAGAAAGAGCGACAGCAGGUGGCUGAGCGCCUCUUACGGGUAAUGUGCUCAGAUCUGAGCAUGCUAAAUGUGCUUAACAGCAAGGACUUCCUCAAGUUGGCACAAACCCUUGUGGAUACGGGUGCUCGUCACGGUGCCUACUCUACCCGCGAUGCUCUUGGCAACAUGAGUGCCUUGGCACUGCGCCAGCUGCCCCGCAUGUACAACCAAGUGAAAGUCAAGGUAACAUGUGCUCUUGGCUCCAACUCUUCACUUGGCAUCGCUGUGACCUGCCACUCCCAGACGAUCGGACCGGAUGCGUGCUACGUUCUUACAGCCUACCAGGUGGAAGGGUUCAGACUGAAGCGCUACGUGCUCGGCGUGAGGGAGACGGAGCUGAGAGAAGGGCCCGAUCAGGUUCACCACUGGGUGCAGAAUGUUCUGUCGGAGUUCGUCAUGUCAGACAUUCGCACUGUGUACGUGUCGGAGCCCAGGCUGUGGUCGGCAGGGUUUACGGGUUCUCCUCUGGGCAGCGGAGGUCGCGGGAGGAUAUGCCUCCGCUGCGCCGGUUGUUCUCUGAGUUCGGUCGUCCAGGCCGUGCUUGGGAAGCGCAGUCUGCAGGCUCGAGGCCUUCACGAGCUCUCCGAGCUCCUCACCACGUGCAGAGAUAUCGCCUCCUCCUCCACACUGGGCCUGCGCGAAGAGCACGGCACCAACACAUCAUCAAGCACAAGCGACGAAGGCCCACAGGGCAGCCCCGCACAGUGCCCCACUCCGCCCUGCUGGGAUCGCACGGCCGAGGCUCUCCUUCAGGUGCACGUCCAUUUUGAACGGAUUUGUGAAGCUUAUGGACGCAGCAAGGCCACGGUUCCACUCCUCCAAGGUCUCAACAAACAUCUGCUUGGGACCCUGGCUUGUCUUUUGGCCCCACUACGCCUGGCAGCUCUGGAGCUCAGCAGCCAGAGAAGACCAACCUUACAGCAGGUGCUGCCCGUCUACCUACGUCUGGAGAAGUUUUUCACCUCAAAAGCAGGAGAGGCCGGAACCGGCACAGCCAGCAAGCUGUGUCACUACUUUCUGGAGGCACUUAAAGAGAAUUUUAAGGUCGAGCGCGCCCAUCAGGUGGCCAUGGUCUUGGACCCGCAGCUCAAGUUGCGUUCAGUGCCGGCUUAUCAACAUGAAGACAUUAUCUCACGUGCAUGUGAAAUGGCUGCUGAAAGCAGGGAUGGAGGUAUGACACCUGGUGGAGGGUCAGUGGGUGAAGAUCGAGACACUGACGGCCCCCCGGCCCCUAAAAUAAGCCGCAUAGAGGGAGCUGGGAGCAAUGGCGGUACCUCAAUGGGGGGCUCCUUGUGCAAUGUUGAGGGUCAAAGCCAAGUUCGAAAAGAAAUAUUUCAGUACCUGGCAGAGCCUCUCAUCCAAGGUACACCCGAUCUUUUCCACUUCUGGAGCUCGGCCGUGGGGGAGAAGUUCCCCAGGCUCGCUCGCCUCGCCUUGUGGCUUCUUGCGGUGCCCGCUGUGGGCAUACAUGGUGAGUGUGUGACUGUGUGCCAGCAGAGCUUGGCCAUGAAGCGGAGGCAGCAGGUAACCACUGAGGAAAUGAACAAACUCAUUUUCCUUCGCUCUAACAUGGGCUAGAAGACUCAAAAAGAAAGAAAGAAAGAAAAAAAAACAACCUCAGCCAACAACUAAUCAACCAAACCUCCUUCAACAAACUCAAGACUAUUAUUUAUAUACUGUAGAGUUAGAUCCGGUGUAAACUUUAAUGUGUAUGGACAAAAUACUUCUCAAAACAGAUAUUUACAGGAAAACUCACAUUGUAUAGGUUUGAAAACAUCCAUUAAAUAGCAUAUAACAUAUUUUAUAUGGAGAAGGGACUGUUGUCAAGUACUGUGGAAAAAAAAAAUAGGGGUGGAACGUUGACUCUCAAAAGAUUGUCCUGUUUGGUACACCACACUGUUUGGGAUGCACAUGUAAGCAGGAUGUGUCUUCUCUUGGCCAGUUAUUUGAAUUCCUCUCUAAUGACAAAUCUGCUACAAGGCUAUAAUGCUGUUAUUCUCACUGGAUGGCAACAUUUUCAGGUAAAUUCAGCUUUCACUGCUUGGAACUACUGUCAUAUACCUCUGAAAACAAGCUCAACUUGUGUUAUUUUUCACAGAAAAGUCCGUAGUCACUAUGGUAAAGUGAUCAUUUUCAUGGGUGUAUGACAAAAAUUAAGUAGUGGAUCUUCACUGCCGUCGUUUCUCUGACAAUUACUGGGUUUGCCAGGGUUCUAAUUGCCCGGUUUCCACCACUGAAAUGAUACGUUUCCUCCUAUCUGCCUCAAGGUAUUUGAGCUUGACACGUUGGACAAAUUUGGUGGUUAUUACUUCAGUGGUUUCAAAAUGUAGCUGAUGAUCGUUUGCAUGCACCACACGGCACUGCAUGGCACUUUUUUUUUUGUCCAGAAGGAUAAAAAAAAAAAA